AUGUUAAUUGACGAAGUUGGAAACAAUCAACAAGCAUUACAGCACGUAAGGGAUCCACAUGAAAAAGGCCAUAUUUGGGACAAAAUUAAUUCUUUCCAUCAAAAAUAUUGUAAUAUCAAAGAUAUUAUCAAAAAUACGGGUGAAGAAGCAAUCCAAAAUGAUUGGGAAUUCUUUAAGGAUAUGGAUAAAUAUUUAAAGAAUGAUCCAAGUAUUGAAGCGCCAAUUACAAGUGACUCAAUUAAUGGAAUUAAACAUAAAGAAAAAAAUAAUACUGAUAAUUAUGAAGACGAAGAUGAAUGUCUUGAAGAUAUUCAAAGUCUGAUUAAAGAACAAAUGAAUACUAUCGUCGAGACAAUUAAAGAGCAAUAUUUACAUACAUGUGAAGUUCAACAAUGA